AUGCGGGUUCUCUUCAACAUCGGGUUGUUUGCCGGACUGGCGUCUGCCGGUCUUAUUACCGCCCGUGACUAUCCUAGCGACGACCCUCUUACAAAGUGUCCUGGAUACAAGGCGUCGAACGUCAAGACGACCUCAACAGGUCUAACCGCUGACUUGACACUCGCCGGUGCAGCUUGUGAUGUCUACGGUGAUGAUCUUACGGAUCUCACACUUGAAGUCAGCUAUGACACUGAAACGCGUCUCCAUGUCAAGAUCCAGGAUGCUGGAAACAGUGUCUACCAGGUGCCCGAGUCCAUCUUUCCCCGUCCUGUUGCGGCAGGGUCAGACGCGAGCGCGGCAGCCUUGAAGUUUGAUUACAAGGAGAAUCCAUUCUCAUUCACAGUCUCCCGCGCCAAGUCUGGCGAGGUCUUGUUCGACACUUCAGCCGCAAGCCUAGUCUUUGAGUCUCAAUAUCUCCGCCUUCGCACAAAGCUGCCCGAAGACCCGAACCUGUAUGGUCUCGGCGAGCACUCGGACCCGUUCCGCCUGAACAACACGAACUACAUUCGUACUCUGUGGUCUCAAGAUGCUUACGCCACUCCUAAUGGCGCAAAUUUGUAUGGCAAUCACCCCAUCUACUUUGAGCACCGGACAACUGGAACACACGGAGUGUUCUUCCUCAACUCGAACGGCAUGGAUGUCUUUAUCAACAACACAGCAGAAUCUGGUCAAUACUUAGAGUACAACACGCUCGGUGGUGUUCUGGACUUCUACUUCGUGGCAGGACCUUCGCCUGUUGAUGUGUCGAAGCAAUAUGCCGAGAUUGCAGGCCUGCCGGCCAUGAUGCCAUACUGGGGCUUCGGUUUCCAGAAUUGCCGCUACGGUUACCAGGAUGCAUUUGACGUUGCUGAGGUCGUGUACAACUAUAGCCAGGCAAAUAUCCCUCUUGAGGUGAUGUGGACAGAUAUUGACUACAUGGACCGGCGCAGAGUCUUCUCGCUGGACCCUGAGCGUUUCCCAAUCAACAUGAUGCAGGAGCUUGUCCAUCAUCUCCACGAUAACGGCCAGAAAUACGUUGUGAUGGUUGACCCAGCGGUUGCCUAUCAAGAUUACCCCCCGUUUGAAAGAGGUGUGGAAGACAACAUCUUCCUCCUGCGGGCCAAUGGGUCCAUCUGGAAAGGUGUUGUCUGGCCUGGGGUCACUGCCUUCCCCGACUGGUUUGCUGCGAAUAUUUCCCAGUAUUGGGACAACGAGUUUGCGAUAUUCUUCGACCCUGACACAGGGGUUGAUAUUGAUGCGCUCUGGAUUGAUAUGAAUGAGCCGUCAAACUUUCCCUGCAAUUUCCCCUGCGACGAUCCUGACAAGGCUGCUAUUGGGUACCCCCCCGAGCCACCAGCAGUUCGCAGUCCACCUCGCCCACUUCCAGGAUGGCCAUGUGAUUUCCAGCCAGCUGGAACCGAUUGCAAGCGCAGCGCGGACACCACCGACCUUGUUAUACGAGAAACAAGCCCUAAGAAGAUCUCAUUCGACCAUCUCGUGAUCACUGCUCGCCAAGAACCUGGAAAGCAAAUGGGUCUGCCUGGCCGUGACCUUCUUUACCCAAAAUACGCAAUUCACAACAAAGCUGCAUACAUGGACUCUUGGAAUGCCGCUGAGGGAGGAAUCUCGAACCACACAGUCAACACGGACCUCAUUUCCCAGAAUGGACUCGCCAUGUAUGAUUGGCACAAUCUAUAUGGAUCUCUUAUGAGCGUACAAUCGCGUGAAGCGAUGGCCGUGAGACGUCCUGGACUUCGACCGAUGGUCAUCACGCGCUCAACUUUUGCCGGCGCCGGCGCGAAGGUCGGACACUGGCUAGGUGACAACGUUUCCGACUGGCCGCAUUACCGCUGGAGCAUCAGAAUGAUGAUGGCUUUUGCCUCUAUCUAUCAGGUGCCAAUGGUCGGAUCAGAUGUCUGCGGUUAUGCGGACAACGCCACCGAACAGCUCUGCGCAAGAUGGGCUACUCUUGGGGCCUUCAGCCCUUUUUACCGUGACCACAACAACUACCCACCAAGCAUCUCCCAGGAGCUUUACAGGUGGCCAACCGUUGCAGAAGCUGCUCGCAAGGUCAUUGACAUCCGGUACCGCCUUCUCGACUACAUCUACACGGCACUUCACCAGCAAACUGUCGAUGGCACACCGCUGAUUAACCCAGUAUUCUACUUGUACCCGAAUGAUCCCAACACAUUCGGUCUCGAGCUCCAGUACUUUUACGGCGAUGCCCUUUUGAUCGCACCCGUGACCGAGGAGAACGCCACCAGUGUUGAAGUGUACCUACCUCGUGAUGUCUUCUACGACUGGUACACCGGCAAGCAAAUCAGGGGCGCUGCCAAGACCAUCACCAUUGAUGACCAGGAUAUCACCGACAUCCCACUCUUCCUCCGCGGUGGCGUCAUCGUGCCGUUGCGCGAGAAAUCCGCCAUGACGACCGACGAGGUCCGCGAGCAAGACUUCGAGCUCAUUGUGCCGAUCGGCGCCGACGGUAAGGCGAGCGGCAAGCUCUACAUCGACGACGGCGUCAGUCUCGUCCAGAAGGGCACCACCGAGGUCACCUUCACCUACGCGGACGGCAAGCUAAGCGCCAAGGGCACAUUCGGCUACGGCACCGGCCUGACCAUCAACAAGGUCACGAUACUGGGCUUCGGUACGAUUGGCUGCAAGUCGAAGACCAAGAGACACGUUGGGGAGCUGAGGAUCCGUGAAUCGGAUGCUGUUGUUGAAAAGGACGAGGCGAGUGGUGCGCUCAGCUUCACCAUCAACAAGCCCUUGACGGGAGACUUCGAGGUCGAGCUGGUACAGGGUUGA